UCACAGAAAACUCUGAACCAUAGACAAGCUCAUCACAGUUUUACAAAAGUCUCUGAAAUAGAGCUGAUAGGUCUUCUGAAGAAGAAAAAAAACUACAUUCACUUCUGCAUUAAUUCUAAAGAUGUCCAGAUUAAUUGUUUUUGCUCUGGUUGUGACAUUGCAAGUGUGUUUGGCAUCAUGCAACUCGUUGCCCACUCCAGCUCCAGACAAUGCUGGGCUUCUUGAAAGAGCAAAGCAAGCAUACAGGGACACAAAGACUAAAGUUCUAAAUGUUGGCAGCACAGUGGCUGGGUUUGCUGGCAUGUACUACGAGGAACAUGUCAAACCUGUAACUGACCCUUACAUAGAACGGGCAAAAGACCGUGCAAGUUCCCUGUGGGAGAGAGUGAAAAGCAGAAUGUCCACCUUCAGAUCAACCCAAGAUCAAUAAGCAAAGUGAUUCUUCAGGGACCAAUCCCAAUUUUCAGGAUAUAGAUAUUGUCGAAUUAACACACCAAAUCAUAUCUCUAAUGUAGGCAUGCCAUUGUUAUAAUGCACAACUAAAGAUAAAGUGUAAUUACACUAUACCCAAAUGCAUAUAAAUAUUAUAAAUGAAUAAUGCAAUUAUUUUUCUGCAUGUUUCCUUUUAACACCAAAUUAAUAAACGUGAAUAAUGUUACAAAAA